CAUGAGAAAAGGUGUCGCUAAAGAUAAUUUAAUUCAUUGUGUCAGAUAGUAAGAAUGUGGUAUUGAUUUACAAUUUCUUAAUUUUGUAAUUUUGACUCACGUGGAUUGCUGGAAAAAAAUCUCAUUCAGCCAAAUUACAGCUUCAGCUUCAAAGGAUCUCUGUUAUCCAUCACCUUUCCUUUUUUCUCCUAGGAAGGAGGAAGGAUUAACUAGCAAGAUGCUCACUGUUUGCGCGAGGAAGGUGGUACUUUUGGCCCCUUUGCUUCUGAUGACGGGGCUGAUUUCUAUGAAGGCUGCUGCGGCUGAGGAAGAAUCAGGAACAGCGAUUCCUCCUGAAAGUCGUCCCUGCGUUGACUGCCAUGCCUUUGAAUUCAUGCAGAGGGCUUUGCAAGAUUUAAAGAAGACGGCGUACAAUUUAGAUUCACGAACGGAGACGCUGCUUUUCAAAGUGGAGAAGAGAACCUUAUGUGACUGUUUAGCCGCCAAUGCCCUGAACUGAGCCCCGCGGGACCCCACCCCACCCCUGGCUUCUCAAACUACUCUCGGGAGAGGAAAGGGUGCCAGCAUGUGAAUUUGACUGCUUCUGAAACUGACGGUGGGGGGGGGGGGAUAUUGGUAUGAGAUUGUCCUGCCGGAUGCCCACCGGACCUCACCUUGUGUCGUCAGGAGUUGCAAGGUAAUUCCCAGGGGAAAGGAGGAAGAACGGGAGGGACAACGAUGGACUUUUCCAGAAGCUUUCUUUUUCAAUACUAUAUAUAAUAGUUAAUUGACUGAACAGGGAACCGUUUCAAAAAUGAUCAGCCAGGCAAUUGGGCUUCUUCACUUGAGGGAAGGAGGUUUCACUUAGGUAGAACCUCUAGACCGGGGUUGUCAGACUCCCGGCCCGCGGGCCAAACGCCUAACUGCCCGCUGUCCGCUGCCCACGCCCGGUUUAGCAAAGGGGAGAAAAGUCCCGAUACGUCAGGUGAGAAUGCCGUGACGCCGUGAGUUUGACACCCCUGCUUUAGACGCUCGUGAACAAGGCCUGGGAAGGUUUCCAGUUUUCCCCUUUUCCUUGCAGCUCUGUGGAAGUUCGUUCUCCCGCCCUUGGUGCCCUGAGCAAUUUGUCAUUCAUCUCCCAACCAUUUUAGCUGAACUGUUCUUCCGUUAUCAGCGCAUCAUAGACAUUAUCUGUGUAGCAUUUCUUUUCCAAGAAAUGGGUUUCUGUGAGUGUAUGUGUACGUUUGUGUGUGUGUGUAGAUGUACAAACACUCCAGUC